GGUGCUCAAGCUAUAGCUAUAAAUUGAAACUCUCCCACAGAGAAGAGAAACGUGCACACGGAUCGUCCCCUUCCCUUAAUUAAGGCUACACAUACAUAGACAGAAAUGGUUAUAAGCGGGAAAGCUUCGCAUGAGUUGGAAGUGGAAGUCCCUGCAAGCCAAGCGUGGGAGCUGUAUGGCACUCUUGGGAUCGCUAGGCUCGUGGAACAAUCUCUCUCCGAUGUCAUUUCCAAAAUUGAAGUCGAACAAGGCGACGGAGAACAAGGCACCAUUCUCAAACUAACAUUUGCACCAGGGAUACCAGGGCCUGGAUGGCAUAAGGAGAAGUUCACAAUGGUAGACAAUGAAAAGCGGGUGAAAGAAGUGGAGGUGGUUGAAGGUGGAUAUCGUGAGUUGGGAUUUACUUUUUACUUAAUUCGCUUCGAAAUCACUGAAGCCGGCAGUAGUACUCCUUCCUCCUGCAUUAUCAAAACCACGGUUGAAUAUGAGCUCAAGGAAGAGGCUGCUGCCAUGGUCUCAUUUGUCUCUGUCGACCUCUUCGCAAAUAUUGCCCAAAUUGCAAAACACCAUCUCCUCAAAAAACAUACAGAGCAACUAAGUUCACAAGUUCUUGUUUGAUCCAUCAGUACUUAGGUGUUGUUGUUUUUUUAUCAAUAUUCCCAUGUAAUAAUUGAUUUUGUGAACAAUGUAGUUUAAUAAUAUUUAAUGCAUUAUAUAUGCAUCUGGAACCAACUUAAAUCC